AUGGCAGGAGGAACCCAGUUCUCCGUCAUUUCGGGGCUGAUGAUCUGGCGACCAUGGGAUCGUUGCAGGCGAAGGAAACCUCUCCGUUCACCUGAAGAGUCCCCAUACUCCUAUGGCAAUGCAUCUCGAGGAGCGUACAGCCCGCCUCCCGGCCCGUCUUCGCCUCCUCCACCACUGGACUUCUACGACUCCUCGCCUAGCGUGGCCUAUCAGGCGACAGGUGCGGAUAGCGGCGGCUACGGUGACGGCGGCAGCGGCAGCGGCGGUUCCUCGCCUGAACCGUACACGCCGGACGCGGAAAGCGCCCAGCACUACUCCUACGAUGGAUAUGGGUACCGCCGCGACCGCAGCGGCGGCAGCGGCGGUGGCGGCAGCAGCGGCGGUCCUGACACCGGGAUUUCUCCACUGAGGCGACCGGCGCCGCCGCACGUCCUCCUCCCCCGAUGCCCCAGCCAGCAGCCCUCCAACGACCCAGCCACCUCAGAGCAGCAGCCGUCGGCGUCCGAGGUCACAUCUCCCGUCGGCGGCGGCGGCGGUGGACGCGGCUCCGCUGGCUCAACCUCCACGACGCCGCGGCGCGGCCUCGGUGCCAAAAUCUCCGGCCGGCCCUCGGGUGCCAGUGGCAGUGGCAGUGGCAGUGGCGGCACCCCAAGGGUCGGCGCGACGCCGCGGAGGCCGCUCGGGGCUCCAUCUCCCCGGGGUGCCCCGCCGGCAGUGCCGAGUGCCCGUAAGGACGCGGGCGGGGGCGGCGGGACAGGUCGUGGCAGUGCAACGGGCAACCGUCCCGCGGUCCCCCGGCUGCCGGCCUGGGCACCAGUGUCUGGAAUCGCCAACAUGCGGCUGGAGGAUGUGGAUGAGGCGACACGUGUGGCACUGAUGCUAAAUGACCCAGGCAUUGAUCGCGAGGGGGUGCCGGUGCGGAGCCCAGGCGCAACCCACCGCGAAGAGGGAGCCGCGGCGGCCGCAGCCGCAGCGGAGCAAGCUCGGUCGCCGCAGCAGCUACCGCAGCUGCAGCUACAACCGCAGCAGCGUCACCAGGCUUCCCGGUCGCCUGGGCCCGGGGAAUCGCCGCAGCCCUCUCCCGGAGCUCAACAUAGCGUGCGGUCGCAGUCGCCAAACCUGGGUAACCGAGCUCGUGCAUCGGAUGUUUCGGAGCAAUUCUAUGGACAGUACCGCCUCCGGAAGCACCGAGAGGCCCAUGGCGUACCCGACUACCGUUUCUCGCAGCCGCGCUCCUUCGGCGCACAUGCUCCUCUGCAGCAGCGGUGCUUUAGCUUUGACGAGGCGCACCCGGCGAUUGCGGAGCAGCACUAUGCUCGAUCUCCCGCGCAGGAGAGGGAGCUGGAGGCCGAGCGACGCAAGCUGUGGCAGGAGAAGGCGAGGGCCGCGAUAGCGGAGGCUCGCCGGCAGUACUACGCCUCCCCACGCGGCAGUCCCAGUACGCAGCAGCUUGCGGCGGAUGUGGACAGACUGGCGUCAGCGCGUGAGGCGGGUCGCGCGAGGCUGCGGGAGCUGGAGGAGGAGGGGGAGACACUGCGGCAGGCCACGCGGCAGGUCCAGCGACGUGCACUGGAUGCAAUCGCCCGCAGCGAGCAGAUGACAGCAGCAGUUGCCACCGGCUCCCGGUCCCCCUCCCCAGGCGCCUCCCCUGGACCCACCCGCUCCGGAUCCCGCUCGCCUUCUCGCGUCGGCUACUACAGCACCAGCGCUUCAGCAUACAGCAGAGGGGCCUUCGGACCGCCGCCGCCACACCCCAGCCUCUACAGCCACUCGCCGGGGCGUCUCCAACGACCCGCCAGCGCCAGCCCUGGCGGCGUGUACGACUCGGCGGGGCCGUCGCGCGGCGACGGCGGGGGGGGACUUUACAGCGCCCGCGCCUAUUACGGCUCCCCGGCGGCGGCGGUGUUGGCGUCACUGCCGGAACAGCAGGAGUAUGUGGGAGCCAUGUAUCGCCGGAGUGGACAGGGACAGCAGCAGCAGCAGCAGUCUCAGUCGCGGCCGCUAUCGGCGCCACCGACAUCGCAGGGUGGUUUCGGAGCCGCCGCGCCGGCGACGACUACGGCGACGGAAGAGGAAGCGGAGGAGGUCCUGCAGCUCCUUCAGGGAGUAGAGCGGCUUCCGCGGCAUGAGCAGCAACCGGCAGCCGCCGCUGGCCCCGCCGUUGACUACCUGGGCCGCGCCAGGUCCGUCGCCACCUCCCGUCAGGAUCUGGGCCUGCUGGGCUCCGACGAGCAGCGCAUCGCGAUGGGCGCGUACGACAGGUCCCGGUACGAGGAGUACCAGCGGCAGGUGGAUAUGGAGAUGCAGCGGCGGGCCGUGGACGGCGACUACGACUCUGACCUGGAGCGGGACGAGGCGACUGAGAUGCUGGUGCAGGACUCUGAGAAGAUUGCCGCAGAGGAGGAGGCACGGCGCCGGGCGGAAGAGGCCGAGCGGGAGCAGCGGGACGCCUGGAUGGAUGAGUAUCGCCAGCGGUUUGGUCCUGAGGACGGCUACCUGCCGCAGCGGCGGGUGCAGUCCGCGAGCAGUGCCGGCGGCAGCACCGCCGCAGCGGUCCGUGUUGUCCGAUGCGGAGGAGGGGCUGCUGAGGGAGCACUUCGUGCCAGUGGUGUCACCGGAGAUGCCGCUGUCAAGCUGGAGCAGGAUCUGGCCCUCCGCCGCGCAGAGGAGGAGGAGGCGCACAAGCGCCGCUUCCGAGCCAAGCCCGUACCGUCCGCAGUCAUCGAGCCGCGUUACGAGCGCAUGCUGCUGGAGGCGGAGGCCAAACGGCAGCUCAACCAGGAGCAGCGACUGGAUGAAUUGGCCAGCAUGCUUGAGCGGCCGUUCUCCUUUUACUACCGGGACAAGCAGCAGCUGGAGGAGCGCGAGGCACUAGCACGGGCGGCCAAAGACCCGAACCGCUUCCAGGUGUCUUUCCGAGCGAGAGAUGUGCCGCAGAGCACCAAGGAGCUUGAGGCGAGGAGGGAGUCCACCAAGAAGCGGGUGGAGGAGGCGAGGCAGGCGGCCCGGGAGCGGGCGGCCUGGGAGGCUCAGCAGAGCCGUGAACCGCGCGUCUUCACCGGUUAUAGUUGUCCCGAGAAACCACCGUCUCAGAUCACUGCCUGGUUUCAUCUUUGCUGUUUUCGCUUCGCCUAUAGGCGCAAGGCCGCCGACCGCGCCUACCGCGAGCGGCUGCGCGCCGUGGACCCCGCACUGAACCCCCAUCCGCCCAAGCCGCUUGGCGCCGUGCCCGACUUCAAUUCACUACACCGGCAGUUCGAGGUGCACAUGGCGCAAACGCGAGCGAACGUUCGCAAGCGCGUCACCGUGCCACAGGAAUUUGCAUUGAAUGGGUCCACGCCUGAUGAGCAGUCCGCCCGGGCCCGGAAGGCGCAGGAGCGGCGACAACGCAUCAUCCUGGACAUGCAGCUGGAUGCGGAGCUCCUUCCCGAGACUCGGUGGCCCUUCAAGUCCGCACGUGGCAAGGCCUCAUUUCUUGUGCCCGAUCCUGCUUGCAAACACGUUAUCUUCUCGUUGUCCGCUGUAAAGCUCCAGGGGCAUUGUGUCCUACGAGCCUCCGAUCGAGCGCCCGUGGUGUGGUGUAUUCAGGUGCGCCGGACGCCGCCGCCGCCCUAUCUGGUAGAGUGGAUGAUUAACAAGCCCCCGGACAACCGAGCUGCCAGCGCUCGCAAGACCUCCACAUCCGCGGCCGCGGCAGGCGGCGCAUACCGGACCCGCGCAGAAAUGUAUGGCGUGGCUGCGGGAGAGGUAGCGGAGCGUAAGGUUUCUGAGAAGCUGCGCAGCGAGGCGCUGAAACGGGCGGAUCGGCUGCUCAAGGCCGCGCAGGCGCGCAGGCAGCAGGAGGCGGCGGCUGCAGGCGGCGGCGAUGGCGGCGAGGAGUUUGGUUUGGCAAGCGACGUGGCUGCGACGGCAGCGGGUGGCGUGGAGCCCAGCGAUGCUGCGGGGUCGGCUGGCCGGGGAGGUGCGCAGCGACGACGCGCGGCGGUGGCUGGGCGACAAGACAACCCUGAGGUGUACGUGGAGGCACGGCAUGCGCAGGUGGAGCGGCGCGUGCGAGAGGUGGUGGAGGAGGCGUUGCUGGACCAAGGCAUCGAGGCGUACCGCUACGUGGAGGGUAUUCCCGGCGACAAGAAGCACAAGGGCGCCAGAGGCGGCUAA